AGCGCACUCUGAUGACAAAUUAGGCAUUCGUCUCAGCAGGUUAGCGACCCAUCUGACAACCCUGAUAGAGAGUAAGGUGGCAACAACGUCGCUUAUAGCGGAACAAUGCGUGUGUCAGAGUGGUCAGAGUUCAAAGUUAUAUUAGUGCAUACGCCACAAAAUAUGGCAAACAGAGAACAAUCUCGAUUUAAAGGGAAAUUUUGCAAAAAAAAAUUUUUGUCGUGGCGAGAAAACGUCAUUGAGAGCAACAAGAAGAGGAAUAAAAAGAAAAGUGAUGGAAUAAAAGGUUGUCGGAUAAUCGAUGCUGAAUCGUUCGCAAAGGAUAUGUGGUGCAAAGAUUGCAAAGUACCCUUGUCACUCCGAGAUACCCAAAAAGAACAACAAAAUGGACUUUCAAGUACUAUCACCGUAAAGUGUUGGUCUUGUUCUAAGUUAUUCGAAAUUACUACAUCGCCGAUGGAACAGUCUAUGACAAGACCGACCUUCAAUAUCAACUCAAGACUCGUCAUCGGUACCAUCGAAAGUGGAAUUGGUGUGACACAUUUGAACAAAAUUUUAUCGGCAGCUGACCUUCCAACUUUCCAUCCAUCAACAUACAAGAGAUAUGAAAAAAAAGUCAGUGCAGCGAUAGAGAAUCUCGCAAAAACUAGUUGUCGAGAGAAUAUAAUGAUAGAAAAAGAGUUAACUAUCGAAAAAGGGUAACAUGCAUAGUAGCUUAUAACAGUUACAUGCUAUCAAAUAUAUAUUAAACAGAUCGAUCAAGUUGAAAAAGGUCAAAAAUGAAGGAAUUUGUUAUCAAUCCGGUUGUGGAUUUGAUCUUGGGAUGGAAUUUGUUGACCGAACAAUUGUGCCACUUUGUCAAGUGCAGCUGAAGAUUUCGCAAUUGUUGUUUACUUCGAUUUGAAGACGACAGGAUUUGGCAAAAGUAAAGAAAUCAUUCAGAUAGCUGCAGCGCGAUUAUUUCGAAAAUUUUUCAAAAUAUAACGUUUCAUAAUGAAACGGUUCGUUUGAAUCCUGGAACGAUCUUCUGUCUCAGGUCGUUUGACAUUUUGAAAACAGGGUAAAAGAGGAAAAUACGGGUGUGUAAAAAAAAAAGAAAAAUAAACUCAAACACUAUAACGGUGUUUUUCGAAAUAAACCUCA